AUGCAAUGUGAUCCAUUGCUGUAUCUGAUGCAGAAUCUCGGGAUAUGUGCUAAUGAAGUGUACCUAGACAAUAGCACGUCUACCGCGUCUGACAGCCCUGUCCUCUCCUACACCAACAGUGCCAACACUGUCAACAUUGCGAACACUACCAACGCUGACAAAACUACCAGCACUGCCAAGGCUACCCACACCGGCAACACUACCAACACUGCCGCCCAGAACGCAAGCGGUGCCAAUAGUAGCACAGUCAAAUUUGUUUGA